ACGAAAUGAAGGAUUUUAAUGUUUGGCAUAAGAAAUAAGUUGAACAUAUGGUGAUCAUAACAGAACCUGUUUCGAAAAGUGUAGUUCCAUUUAAAUUACUAACAAAUCGUUCUUUUCGGUGACGAUGAUCGUCCAUCAUUUUAAUGAAGAGAUGCGUUAUGAAUAGUAUGUAGUUUUGAUAGGAAGAGAUGGCGACGCCAUUAAUCAUAUACUGAAACCUAAUUGGCGCAUUGGUUUCAAGCAAUUGGAAUAGUCCCAGAAAAAAAGAUGACUGAAUAAAUUUUUUUUUAAUACAUUGAAAUUAUUAUGAGUGAACCCUCGUCAAGUCUGGUGUCAGUCAAUGCACCAGCAAAAUUUCCUUUUUAAAAUGUACUUUUUUGGAUAAAGAUACAGGUAAUCAUCUUGAUAUAGUUUUGCAUUUAUACAUAUAUUGAGAAAAUUUUAAUCUCUAGAUCUCGUUGAAAUACCAGUAUGAAAUAAUGACAUUGCAAUAUUACUUUCAUAUUGGCUUCAACAAAGAGCAAAUCAUGACGAUAUUUUUGGAAGAUAGAUCAGCAAAAUUGAAUUCUCUCUUUUUUUUAAAUGUUUUAUUAUUAUAGCUUUCGCUGGGCUAAUGCUAAUACAGAUAGUUUGGGUGAUGUUGAUCUUAUUGCUGAUGCUGAGCAUAUUAAAAAAUUACUCAAAAUAUCGUUUAAUAAAAACAGUCAAAUAUCAAUGAUUGUACAUCGUUUGGGUCGAACGAUACUUUUCGAUGAAUUUGACGUACAUUCACAUCUAUUACGACUUGAAAAGGUGGCAAAUGAAUUGAUAUUUUCUCAAAUAUAA